CAAGGGGGCGUCGCAUGGAAAAGUACCAAGGACACGGACAGAGAAAACACCGACAACAACACAGACACUGAAGUGUGAGCGCUUCUUCACGAAGAUAUCACCUGAUCUUAGUGUGAUAGUGUGUAACUCAGCUGUUGGUCUGACCAUAAUCCACCAGAUUUUUAUUCGUGAAGAAAAACAAGCGCCGUCAGGUUUGUCCCUGAGCGCGACCCGUCCUCCUUCCCCAGUAGGAGAAGGCGGAAUCUGAGAGUGCUCUUCCCGCAGCUGAUGCACUGCUGGACUCAAAGAUGGAGAGCGACACCACGGUCCGGAGACUGAAGCCCUACGGGACACGGAGCUUCGCUACGCCCGACGACGACGACUCCUCCCGGCACCGGUGCGGGGACAACGGCUACAGCGGCGACCCGAAGAGGAAGCCCGAAGUGAGCCUGUACCUGCUGCGGGAAGGAGUCGCAACUUCCCUGGUGUGUGUGUUUGUGUUCGCGCUGUGGGGACUGGUUCAUCUGUCGCUACGGCAGCUCGUCAUCGGGAAGCCGAGCGGGGACUUCAACGCGGUGCGAGCCAGAGUGCACUUGGAGCAGAUCACCAGCGUCGGCCCGCGGCCGGUGGGCAGUCACGAGAACGAAGUCCUGACCGUGGGCUACUUGCUGGAGCAGAUCGAGAAAAUCCGCGUUGAGACGGCAGCGGGCCCCAACCAGCUCACGACAGACGUGCAGCGUCCCACCGGCACCUUCUCCAUCGACUUCCUCGGGGGCUUCACCAGCUUCUACGACCGCGUCACCAACAUCGCCGUGAGGCUGGAGCCCAAGGGAGGCGCCAAACAUCUCAUGCUGGCCAACUGCCACUUUGACACAGUGGCCAACAGUCCAGGGGCCAGCGACGAUGCAGUGAGCUGUGCCGUGAUGCUGGAAGUCCUCCAUUCUCUGGCCAACCAGUCCACACCUAUUCACCACGGUGUUGUCUUCCUCUUUAACGGGGCAGAGGAGAAUAUCCUGCAGGCCAGUCACGGUUUCAUUACCCAGCAUCCUUGGGCCAAGCAGGUGCGAGCCUUUAUUAACUUGGAGGCUGCAGGUGUUGGGGGCAAGGAGGUUGUUUUCCAGACAGGUCCAGAGAACCCGUGGCUGGUCGAGGCCUACGUCCAAGCAGCCAAACACCCUUUUGCCUCCGUGGUCGGUCAGGAGGUGUUUCAGAGCGGGAUCAUCCCUUCUGACACAGACUUCCGCAUCUACAGGGACUUUGGCAACAUCCCAGGCAUUGAUCUGGCUUUCAUUGAAAACGGUUUCAUCUACCACACCAAGUAUGACACCGCCGACAGGAUCCUGACAGACUCGAUACAGAGAGCAGGCGACAACAUCCUGGCGGUGCUGAAGCACCUGCUGACGUCGGAGAGGUUGGCCGAUUCCUCGGAGUAUCGCCAUGGCAACAUGGUCUUUUUCGACCUGCUGGGGUUUGUGGCGGUGGCGUACCCGGCUCGGGUCGGCACCAUCCUCAACUACAUGGUCGCCACGGCCACCUUCCUAUAUCUGGCCAAGAAAGCGUCACUGCCUGGCAAUGGGGGUGGCCGCUAUGUUCGGGAUCUGGCCUACGCCACGGGUGUCACAGUGCUGUGCUGGGUAGUCACCCUGAUGCUGGUGCUGAUCGUAGCCCUGCUCGUCACUCUGAUGGGCCGCUCCAUGUUCUGGUACAACCAUUUCUACGCCUCCAUCUGCCUGUACGGGACGGCAGCCGCCGGGAAAAUGAUCCUCAUCCACACGCUCGCCAAGAACCUCUACUACGGGGGCGUCCGAUUAGUGGAGCUGGGUGAUCUGUAUUUUGAUGUGAGUUUACUUCUGUGGUGCUGCAGCCUGGUGUGCUUGACCCAGCAGGGCCUGUGCUCGGCCUACGUCCCCAUGCUGAUGGUGGCCUUCCCCCUGGUCACCAAACUGCUGCUGGCCAGGGAAUUUAAACACAGAGGAGCGUCCCUGAAGUACAGCGUCCUCUACCUGCUGGGCCUGGCAUUACCAUAUGUCCACUUCAUGUUCCUCAUCUGGGUGGUGUUUGAGAUUUUCACCCCCAUCAUGGGUCGCAGCGGUACGGAAAUCCCCCCCGAGGUGGUGCUGGCCACCCUGGUCACCCUCGCAACCAUCUUUCUCUCCUCCUUCUUUCUACAUUUCGUCUAUUUGGUACGGAGCACCAAGUGGAUCCUGUCUGGUCUGGGCUCAGUCUUCAUCAUCCUGUUCCUGUUGGUGUCCUGCGGAGUCUUCUUUCCUUUUUCAGGCAGUCCAGACAGUCCCCGGCCGAAACGAGUCUUCCUGCAGCACACGACGAGGACCUUCCACAACCUGGAGGGCCAGGUGGAGAGCCGGGACUCGGGGCUUUGGAUUAACAGUUUUGACUUCACUGGCAUCCAGCACAUCACACCCCACAUCCCAGAGAUCAACGACAGUGUCCGCACGCACUGUCGAGAGGACCGACCCUUCUGUGGCUACCCCUGGUUCCUGCCUGUCAAGUUCCUCAGCAAGAAGAACUGGUACCUUCCUGCCCCAGAAGUGUCUCCCAGCUCUCCAGUGGAGUUCAGCCUCGUGUCCAAAGAGGAGACGAGCUGGGGGACGGUCAAGAUGACCUUCAAUGUCAAAGGCCCCAGCCACAUGUCCCUGUAUCUGAUGCCUCACCGGGGAGCGAGCCUCUCCACCUGGUCCUUCGGCGACGGGACGCCGCAGUUCGACCUGAGCGGAGAAUAUUUCAUCUUCUAUUCUCACGGCCUCGACGCCCCCACAUGGACCUUCUGGUUUGAAAUACAGCCUCCCAGAGACCCGGACCCGUCGGGCCCCGAGGGGAUGAUCUCCGUCGCCAUCUCCACCCAUUAUUUCUUCGGGGACGACCAGCGGACUGCUCAGCUGGAGGAAAUGCUCCACAAGUUCCCCACGUGGGCUUUCCCCUCGUUCUGGGUCAGCACCUACGACAUGUACCGAUACUGAGGAGCUGCUCAUCCACGGUGGAGGCCGACGCUCCGGAGAGCCGAGGGCCGCCAGCCGAGCUCCAGAGGCGGAGACAGCCGAUAUCCAAGCAACAAUACUGAGGAGGGGCCCUGCUGCCUUCUUUCCCCCACUGGGACACAAACACACACUCUCUGACACACACACACACAGACACACACACCCCCCCUCCCUACCGGCCUGCCUGAGAGACCCCUCACCACUGUGUCACUAGGCGUUAGCCGAGCAGGAGGGCGCGCUGAGACACGCCGGAGGUAAGCCGAGCUGAGCGCUCACAGACUGAGCAACUGACCGACCACCACACGCCUUGUGCUCACUCCUGGAUCAGUGAAACCAAGGGGUUACGAGUUUCUUCUUCUUCUUCUUCUUCUUCCCUUUUUUUGUUGUUUUUACUCAAUCUGUUGUGCCUUUGCUUUGCUUGCUCACGCCAUCUCAACCCCCCCCCCCCCUCCUCACUUUCCCUCUCGCCCACUGCCUCCCCCCUUCCUCCCCCUCUCUCACGCCAAACACACGUCCUGAAUGGAUUAAGUCGGCUACCUCCGCUGCUCAUUUAUCAGCAGACUACUCGGGCCUUCCUCAGAGCAGGAAGUGUUUUCUGCCUCUCUCCUCCGGAACAAGUGACACCACUACCACUGUCUGCACUGUAGCUCCAGUCACAUACUGAAAAAUAAAGACCUGUUUUUUUUAUUUCACACUUCAUCCUGACUUGAACUGGAAACUUUGACACUUUGAACGUCACUCCUCAUCAACACGCACUAGCUUUUCUAUCAGCUUAGUAAACUGUGAAAUUACUACUCCUCAGUGAAGACCACUAAUCUGCAGUGGGUCGCACCGGACGCACAACACGGUGCCUGUUGGCUCAAAUCAAAAUGUCAAGGUUUGUCAGCGUCAGUUUUCUUUUUUUAUGACUCGGAUUUAAGUUAACGUCCCAUGUUUCAAAACCAUUACUUGAACCUUGAUGGUGACUGUCUGAAAACCAGCAAUGCAGCUCCAUGUAACUGUCAUAAAAUCCUCUCCGUGCUACGACUCGUCCCCAGCAGCUCCGGGGGGGGGGGGGGACAUCUGUCUGGAUAAUUGAUUUAAUUUGAGUUGCUGCUGAAAUGUAUCUGAGAAGGUAAAACUCUACGUCGGUGCUUCUGGAGACUUCACAGUGUCAGUAUCCACUCGUUUCAACUGUCUGUUCCUAAUCUAGUCUGUUCCUAAUCUGUCUUCUCAUGUCCGGUUGAGCUGCAUCUUCACUCUCAGUAACUCAAGUGUCACAGCGACGAUCUGGUUCCGUCUGACGUGUUUAACACGAGAUUCCACUUCACAUCGUAGAAACCUCAGAACACGUAACAGUCCACACUGAUCAAAAGUGUCUGACACCCAGUUAGCAGUUGUUAAUGGUCUUGUAAGGACUGGUUUGAAUGUUGUUGUUAGAGUUGUUUAGAUAACGUGGACUAAUGCUAGAGACAGAGAUUAUAGAUUGUGGGUCGGCUGCUUCUAUUUGGUGCAAACUGGAGAUAAAUCGAUUUGUCUGAAGAAGAAUCAGGAUGAGUCUCCUCCCGACCUUCAGUCCAACACACUGGUCAAAUCUGCUCAACCUCAAAGUCACAGAACUGCUCGUUGGGUUUCAAAUCUGGUCGUUAACAACCUGGGAGAUCAUUUGCACUGGUGUGAGAUAUGUUAUUUUGUCCACUCUUGGGUUCCAUCCCGUGCGUCCGCCUGGUUUCAGUCACGCAAAGCGAGAAACGCAACCACACGGCGGGAGGCCUCAAGAGGUUUUGACGGAGAAAAGUGUUUACUGUCGUGGAAACGAGCUUCUCCGUGGUCUUAAGAGCUUCCAAGUGCCGAGCUGUACAGGGUUUUCAAUGUUAGAUGAAUUAACGUCUUCCAGAAAGUUAAAAAUCUAAAAUCCCUCAACAACAGUUUGAGCCGAUUGUCCAGCGACGCUCUUCUCUUUUUAUGCACCGUGUGAAAAACUGAACCAAACGGCUGAUGAGGAGAUUUAAAAACAUCAAGUCGACCAAAACGAGAGACAGACGGCUGGUGAUUAGACAUGUGAGAGUUUAAAUACGACCUCUUAGCUUCUGUCCGUCUGAUUUACAUUCUCGCAGGGAGGAGUCUGGAAUUUGAUUUUACAGAAAAGCCUCCACAGCUUCAGCUUACAUCCCUCCCCCACCUUGCUCUUUGUGUGUGUGUGUGUGGAUCAGAGACUGACUUUAAUUGACAGGCGAUAGAUCUAUGAUGCUGUAUAGAAACUCUUCCAGUUGACAUGGAGAGUGUCUACGGGAGAAAAAAAGCUUUAUUAACAAAUGUAAAUGAAUAUUUUUCUAAAAAAUAAAAAAAAUCCGUUCUGUGGCGAGUUUUGUUAAGAGGCUGAAAAGUCUUCAACCGGAGAUACUCAACAUUUCAAGUCCAGGCUGAAACAAGACUUCGUUUUUUUCUUUCUUUAUAGUUUUAACCUGAACUGGGAGGACUGGGAUGAGUGACGGAGUGGGAACGCAGGAGGGAGUGUGGGACAGAGCGGUGAGAUAUUAACGCUGUGAAACGCCUCGUGAUACGCCGCUGGUGCUUUUGGGAUUAGGUGAAUUUAAAUAGUUUCCUUCAAGAAUCUAAUGUAUGAAUGUGAUUCAGUUUAGACUGAGAGGCCGACCCAGCACUGCUGAGUGGGGGUUUUUAUUUUAUUUUUCAGUGGAAACUCGCACUCGGACAGAGUUAUAUCACAUGUCACAGUCGAGGGGAAACCAACACAAACGUCCAUAUCAGAAGCAGUUUAGCAGAAACCUCCUCUGACGUGUCGACUCAAAUGUCUUAAUGCCUCGUGUUGACGUUUUUGAGUUAAAUCUGUCUUGUCAUUUUUACCAGUUUUUUUUAUUUUCUUUUCAACAUCUUGAUUCUCAGUCGUGCCCGUUUCUCUAAAAGUUUUUAUCCAGAAGGUUGAGAUAAUUUUUUUUAAACAAUACUGAUAUUUGUAUUAUUUUUAUGUGAAACAUGUGACACUUUAGAUAACUUGUUCUCCUCCUGUCUUUUUUGAACUGCUGUUUUGCUUCUUUUUUUUAUUCUUAUUUGUCUGUUAGGUGGAUUUGACUGUUUUUUGAGGGGGGGAUGGAUCGAUCUGGUUUAACAGGGUAACUGUGAUCCAUUGGAACAGUUGAGAUGAUUUUACAAUAUGCAAAAAGCUCUAAUUAUAUUAGCAGAUUGUACAGCAAAUUAAAAAACGCUUAUCAAAUUAA